UCUUGAGUGAAUUCUUAUGAAAAAGACUAGGGUGUGCACUGUGCAGGGGGAUUGAAUUCUUAUUGUUGCAAUUCCAACCACCCUCUCCCAGUAACGCUUUCAGUCUCAGAGUCUCCGUGUUUGCUGCCGCACCCGCCAACCUUCCCAUUGCCUGCACCUUGCCGUCGGCGCCUCCUCCGACCACCUCGAGGUGCUAAGCUUUUAAUGGUAAAAAACUAUCAUUUUUAAGUUUUAACCUGACGAUAUUCUCAACAAACUCGUGUAAUUAUGAGAUUUGAUCGAUAACUUUGUUCAUCAAUUUAGGUCAUUUGAAUUUCAAAUCAUAUUCUUUAUUUCAAGAAACAAAAUAAUCAUAGUAACAGAAUCGAAUUGAAUAGUACGCAGAAAAGGAUAAAAAAGAAAGAAGAAUGUCAUCGACGCCUACAUCAUGCGCGGCAUGCAAGUUCCUUCGUCGGAAGUGCACACCGGAGUGCAUUUUCGCACCGUACUUCCCAGCGAACGACCCAGAGCGCUUCGAAUGCGUCCACCGCGUCUUCGGCGCCAGCAACGUCGGCAAGAUCCUCAACGAGCUACAUCCAUCCCAGCGCGAGGAUGCGGUGAAGUCCCUUGCGUUCCAGGCGAAGGCACGCCUCCGCAACCCGGUCUAUGGCUGCACCUUCCAAGUCUCCAAGAGAGAACUUAGUGCCUACAUCAACCCGCCAGCCAUUCAAGGUCCAUUCAACCCUCAGGAAAAGCCUCUGACUUCACCUCCCGUCCAUUUAGGCCCUCCCUGCGGCUCCAAUGUUGUACAGUAUUCAGCCCAUUUAGACCCAUCCUACGAUCCAAAUGUUGUACACUCUUCAGCCCAUUUGGGCCUAUCGAACGGUCUUCAGCCCAUUUGGGCCUAUCGAACGGCCCAGAUGAUGAACCUUUUUUUAAGUCAGCUAUGCAGCAUAAUAGGUCAUUGGGUGGUGGUGGUGCUGUCCCGCAGCCGGACCCAUGGCUGCAAGAGUUGUUGGAGGCCCAACAACUUGCUGCUGCUGUGGCAUUCCGAGAACAGCAACAGGAGUAUCUAAGACACAAUGCUGCUGCUGGGAUUGAACCUGUUGCGACUGCGGCACCCUACGGCGGUAAUGUCAGUGGAAGUGGAGUGUUUGGCCACAUGGGUGCACCUUCAGGCGGUCAAGGAGGUGAGAUGGCACCUUGUAUGGGUUUGGGGACAUUUGAUAGUGGUGGAAGUUAUCAUCCACAAUUGCAACAACCACCACAGCAUGGAGUAGGGGGAAAUUACAUCCUUGCAACUCAACAUCACUACCCUCUUGAGGGCCAGUUGCUGCUCCCAUCAGAGCACCAAGCACUACCUUUAACCCUACAACAACAACAGCAACUAGAACUACAAGUAUUACAACAACAACAGCAACUACAAGUAUUGCAACAACAACAACUAGAACUACAACUAUUACAACUAACAACAACUAGAACUACAAGUAUUACAACAACAGGAGCAGCAGCAACUACAACAACUGUCAGAGAGUGAAGACAGUAAGAGUGUCGGCCCUUCUUGAUGAUCUUGGCUCAUUUUUGCAACUGUAUAUAUGGUUUUUCUUCCCUCUUUUUCCGG